AUGAUGGAGGAGGCGGAGAGAAAACUGAAGGAGAAGGAGGAGGAGCUGGGGAGGCUGAGAUCAGAGUUCGAUGAAUUCGUUGAAAGCAGCAAAGAGCUGGAGCAGGCGAUGGAGGAAGAGCUCAAGUCCAAGGACACGGAGAUGCGAAAGCUCGCAACCAGGCUGGAGAGCGAGAGUAAGGAAAAGAAGCUUCUGCAGGAGAAAUGGAACAAGGCAGAGGCAGAAAGGCUCGAUCAGAUAACUUCCCUUCAAAAGCAGAUUGAUGCCCUUAAAUGUAACGAGGAAUCCCUCAAAGGGAAGAAUGCACGACUGGAGAUCGACAAUGAGGAGCUGCAAGCGCGGGAUAGGAGGAUGGAGUCUGAGGUCAUGGUUCUUCAGACCAAACUGGACAAUGCUCUUGAAAAGAUUGCAUUCCUGGAACAAGACCAGGAAGACAUGACCUCGACCCUCAAGGAGACGAACCAGAGGCUGUUGGACGAGAUACGUGACUUGAAGGCAGAGAUUGUUGCACUGAGAAGCCCUGCAAGGACAUGUGAGUGA